AUAAACAAAAGCUUAAUCUUCAAUUCUCUCUCUUCCCGUUAUUGGUUCUUUGCUUCUCUUUCUAAAUGAUAGAUACAGUAAUGUAGGGGAGUGAAAUUCAAUUCUCAUAGAUCGAACCCCUUUUGUUUGCUUUGUCUUCAAGUCUCGUCGAGUUUUCUCCCUCACUUUCUCGAGAAAAAAAGAAAGAAAAGAAAGCAUGGAAUUGCCAGAAAACGAGUCAGCUUUUUUCUUUUGAGGCAAAAGUUGAGGGACCGGACUAAACAAGGCGCUGGUAAAGCGGGACUGCUUUCAGGUAGAAAAAUUUGAGGGAUAUCUUCGUCUAUGUCCGGUGGUCCGAGAUUGAGGUCGAUGAGUGUGGCGGAUUCCGAGUCAAGGCCCGUACUGGUACCUGCAGGGAACAAGGCAGGUUCACUGAGUGCAAGAAAACCAGUUUCAAAGCCUUUGAGAAAGGUUGAAAAGACUCCGGUUGAGGUCGAGAAAAAAGCCCUUCCAUCAUCUACUAUUAGUCCACUUUCUCCAAAGACGCAUUCCGCUAGCGUUUCUUCCAUGCUUCGUCGGCAUGAACAGUUAUUACAUUCUAAUUUGUCACUAAAUGCUUCGUGUUCAUCGGAUGCUUCCACGGAUUCAUUUCAUAGUAGAGAAUCCACUGGCAGGUUAAUCCGGUCAUAUAGUGUAGGAAGUAGGAGGAAGACGUACGCAUCGAAGCCUAGAAGUGUUGCUUCCGACGGUGGUUUGGAUUCACCGCCCGGUUAUUCACAUCAAAAGAAGAGAUGUGCUUGGGUGACACCAAAUACAGAUCCGAGUUAUGCUGCCUUGCACGAUGAAGAGUGGGGAGUUCCUGUACACGACGACAAGAAAUUGUUUGAGCUGCUAGUACUUUCGGGUGCAUUGUCCGAACUUACUUGGCCUGCUAUCCUAAGCAAAAGACAUAUAUUUAGAGAAGUUUUUAUGGAGUUCGAUCCUGUUGCCGUGUCAAAGCUAAAUGAGAAGAAGCUAGUAGCACCUGGUAGCUUGGCGAGUUCGUUGUUAUCAGAACUAAAGCUGCGGGCUAUCGUCGAGAAUGCACGCCAAAUGUCUAUGGUUAUAAAUGAGUUCGGGUCGUUCAACGAGUAUAUUUGGAGUUUCGUGAACCACAAGCCUAUCGUUAACAGAUUCAGGUAUCCUCGCCAGGUUCCGGUUAAAACUCCGAAAGCAGAUGUCAUAAGCAAAGAUCUAGUAAGAAGGGGUUUCCGGAGCGUGGGGCAGACUGUAAUCUACUCGUUCAUGCAAGUGGCCGGAAUAACAAACGACCAUCUCGCGAGUUGUUUCAGGUUCCAGGAGUGUAUAACUGCAGCAGAAGGAAAAGAAGAGAACGGGAUCAAAGAUGUGCCCGAAGAGAAAAAAGUCGAUAAUGGGAUCGUAUCGGAAUUGUCGAUAGCUUUCGACGGAUUGAGUUUCGCCUCGGAGUGAUGUUCGGUCCAGGUUCAAUCAUCAGUUUUUACCACGUUGACUGAUAACACUACUCUUCACUCUUUGGUUAGUAAUGAAAGAUGGUUUUUUUGUGUAUAAAAAUUUCAAUGAAUACUCGUGCAUUUAUGGAUUUAUCUAUAUUGUAGAUUCCUAAAGAGUAAAUUAAAAUAUAACUGGUGAAAUCAUGAAUGUGUGCAGUCAUUGAU